UCUGCAGGCCUACGAAGUCAGUUUACGUUAGUCGGGUUGUUGUGCUCCAAAAGAAGUGCGAUGUCGUUAUGAUAUCAUAACAUAACAGAUGCAUAUGGUGAACGCUCUUUAUGGCCUCUGACCAUGGACCCAGUGGUGCUGAGCUACCAAGACAGCCUUCUGAGGCGCUCUGAUGUGGCCUUGCUAGAGGGCCCGCACUGGCUCAAUGAUCAGGUGAUUGGGUUUGUCUUUGAGUACUUUGCUGCCGAGCGCUUCAAAGACUUCAGCAGGUCUGUGUGCUUUAUCAGCCCCGAGGUUACGCAAUUCAUCAAAUGUGCAUCUUGCCAAGAGGAGCUGGCCCUUUUCCUGGAGCCACUGCAGCUAGCGACCCGUCGUUGGGUGUUCUUGGCUGUCAACGACAACUCCAAUCAGACGGCUGGUGGGUCACAUUGGAGCCUCCUACUGUAUCACCACGACAAUAGCCUCUUCUCCCACUACGACUCGCAGAGUGGGGGCAACUCGCUUCAUGCGCGCCGAAUUGCCUCCAAACUGGAAGCUUUUCUGGGCGGCAAAGGCAAAAAAGUGUCCUUUGCAGAGGAGGCUGCUCCUAGACAGCAGAAUAGCUAUGACUGUGGUAUGUAUGUCAUUUGCAAUGCUGAGGCGCUGUGUGAGAGUGCAGAGUUUGGAGGGAACCCACGCCUCCAGAGCCACACCAUCACCCCAGACUACAUCACCAGGAAGAGGGCAGAGUGGUGUAGACUGAUCCAGAGACUUGCCAAAAAUUGACGUGCCUGCAUAGGAGUUAGGUGAUUGAUUGCCCAGCUCCAGUUCUAUCUUAAACCGCUUUGUGUUGCAAGGUCACUUCUGACUUGUCAGAAGCAGAGUCUUCCAGAGGUGCCCUUAAAAAGAAUGGUGGGAGCACAGGUUGUAGAACUCUGCCAGAGCUGGGCCUGCAUUAAACCUGAUCUCACUAGUCUUCAUAGCCAGCAUGCACUUCCAUCAGCAGAGUUAUGGGACUCCCACAAGUCAUCUCAACUGCCAAAUCACAUGAGCAGAUAUAGUAAUUGAAUGACACAUCCUAGCCAAGUGGAAGAUUUAAUUUUCAGCGUGAGCGUAUUUUGAAAUAUUUACUCCUUUUAUCAUCAAAGGGAUCUAAAUAAAUAAAUUCAAACCGCAUGAAUUACGAAUGAAGCCUAAUAUAUAGUUACUGGGCUCAUAUGAACAUGCUUGUUGGUUUGUUUGUUUGCCCAGACGAAAUAGCGUCUUUUACUUAUUUGAUAUCAAAGGCCUAGCUGAGACCGUGAAUGUCAUAUAAGAUGGAAGAGGUUUAAUGUAAUGAUGCAGUGACUCUCCAUUUAUGGUUCUCCUGUCUUUACCGAAUGUCAUGCUUGUUUACAACUUUGUUUUUCCCUCAGGGUUGUGUUAAGUGAAUGGAUUGAAAAAGAAUGUGUUAUGUAUCCAUAUAAUAAAAAUACACUGAAAUAAUAA